GGAACUCAGGGGUAAUGAAUCGUUCAAGCUGUGUCAAGUAUUAAAAUACAACAGACUAUAGUGUCAUAGGGUGUAGGGAACUGCUUUCAGGGUACUGAAUUUCCCGUUGUCCACCAAGGAUACCUAAAGAAGAACGGAAUCUCCAAAGUCUUUGCAAAAAUCAAGUGGCAUAGCGCAAUCGGAUGGCUACAGCAAGGCAAUUCUCAGACCAUCUAAAAUGCCCAAUCUGCCGUGAUCUACUUUGCAAUCCUAAACUUCUGCGAUGUUCACAUUCUUUUUGCUUAAGUUGUUUGACCAAAUAUCACUCUUCUCAGCAAGCUGUUUCCAGAUUAACUUGUCCAGUGUGUCGCCAAGUUGCAACGGUUCCGCGAAAUGAUGUGCGUAACUUUCAAACAAAUUAUAUUAUCAAGUCCCUUGUCGAAGAUUACAAAGGGAGAUCAGAUGCUAAAGGCCGAACGUAUCAAAGGGAGUGGAGGAACCACCAUUCAAACUUGCACGGUUUGUGAUGGUGAUGAUGAAGACAUUGCAACCUAUUACUGCCAGAACUGUUCGGAGUACCUUUGCGAAGACUGUCUCCAACACCACAAUAGAUACAAGCGGAAUGCAUACCAUGAGACUGUGAAAGUAAUAGAUCUUGAGAUGGGAAUUGUCAAAAAGAAAUUCAAAUGCCCUAAACAUCACGAGGAGCUGCAGCAGUAUGUGUGUACUACAUGUCUGGUUCGGAUCUGUGGCAGAUGUCAAGAGGUCAAACACAAGGAAGAUGGACAUGAAGUCAUCCUUAUGACAAAGUAUGAAGAAAGACAACAAAAUACAAUAGAAUGCCUUUUAAUGAAAACAGACCAAACCUCCGCGGAUAUUGAAAAUCGUUUAUCUUCUGUGAAUGAGAAGCUUGGAACCGUUGAAAAUAUUGUGGCUCAACUACGACAAGAAAUUGGAAACGCUUACGACAUUGCAGACAAAAAUUUGCAAAGGAAGAGAAAUGUUUUAUUAGAAGAAUGCGAUAGGCAUUACGACACAUUCCGUUUGCAGUUUGAAGAUAUAAGUAAGUGCUAUCGUAACUUCCUACAAACUUUACCUGCUCUGAAGGCCACGCUCGAAAACGACAUGAAAGAUGGGGUAAGGAAUAUACACAACCCAGACUAUUUACUCAAAGAGCAUACAGCACGAGUCAAUGAGCUUGAAAGAAGUCUCAAAGCUGAAGCCAUCUCCCCGCUUCUUGCUCAGACAUCAAACGUAGUACUCCGAGCAGAAUCGAUUGUUUUUCGUCCGGCUGAUCGUACCAUUGAUCUUGGUACUGUUCUGUCUGUUCAGGCCAUGGAUCAUCAGCUUAAUACGGAAUUGGAGGAUUCUAUUUCUGGAGCGACCUGCAUGGCUUCAGCAAUUGAGGAUGAUCCCGAAAAGAAAGACGUGGAAGAUCUUCAUUCAACCCGUUCAGGACGGUCUGUGCGAUCUUUCUUUACAAAUCUGAGGCGUCAGGCUCGAAUACGGAUCAGUACUCGAGAUCGACCUCGACUCCCGAAUUCUCAGUUUUAUUUGUAGGCGGAUCUAAGGAGGGGGGGGGGGGAGCUGCGGUCCCCUUAUUUGCGGUGCAAGGGGGGAUAAACCUAAAAAUAAAAACAGAAGGGAAAGAAGAAGAAAACAGGAGGAAGACAAAUUAAUAAAAUUAGAUGAGGGGAAGAUUUGGAAAAUUAAAACGAGAAUCUUUCAUGUAACUAUGUAAAAUUUCCGCUCGCGCUUCGCUCUCGCAUCGCCUGUUCGAUUAUUCGAUUCGAUUAUUAAAUAGUGCGCUGUAGGUGUCUCGUUUUAUGGUCUUAAUAUCUACAUUUUUCAUUAUUUGAUUUGUGAAGUAUCUAUUAUCUUUGUGUAUUCCAUUAAAUUCUCAUAAUAUCCCUUGUUAGGUCCGAUUGUCAAAACAUAUCUGCUAGCGCUGCGUGCUCGCAUUUUGAUUAGUGAAAUAUGUCUUCUAUAUGAAUUCUGACAAACUAUUUAAAAUCCCCUGUUCAUAAUGGUUUAUAAAAAAAAAAUUAGCUCACGCCUUGCGCUCGCAUGAAUGUUUAAAUGUAUUAACCCAUGCAUAGGCAGCAGAAGCGGGGCGGGGGGGGGGGGUGGUGGGCGGAUGGGGGACAUGUCCCCCUUCUAAAUUUCAGGUGGGGGGAGACUCCUUCUCCUAAAGAGAAAGAGGGAAGGAAAAAAAACAAUGAAGAAAGAGAGGAAGUAAGGAAGAAAGAAAGAAGAAACAAAAGAAAAAAGAAAGGAAAAGAAAAAUGUAUCAAUUAUACUGAGCAGCUGAAACUAGAAAUGUUGAAACCUACAGUACAUCAAUUAGAAUAGCAAAAAUGACAGUUUUUACUAUGGAAAACACACAUUUUGAACUCGCUCCCAAUCGAUUUCGUUCAAAAAAUUAAAAGCAAAAACUAAUAAUUAGAACCCAAUUUCAAUAAACAUCUUGGCGUUGACUCUACAUCCAUGCUGUCCAGGGUCAUGUUCAUUUCGGGAAUUUGUUUAGUACCUUUUAAAAAGAAAUAUAACGAGUAGUAGUAAAAAGACUGGAAACACAAUAACUAUGAAAUUAAUUAAAAGUGUGAUUAAAUUUUGCACUUCAUGUUUAUAUAUAUAGUCAGUAAUCAAUAGGCUUUCCAACAUUUUUUUUUAUAGCUAAUAAAAAAACUCAACUAUUAUCGGUUGUUGCCUGCUCUUAUACCUUCAAAUAAUAAAUAUUCUGAGAUUAACUUGACAAAUUUAGGAUGUUGAUUUCAUAUAAACAAGUUUCUUUCUUUCUUUUUUACAAAAUGCUCUCUGGAAAUUUCAGAAUUCUGAAGCUGCCAGGGGUUUCGCUCCCUGGACCCCACCCGAUGCAGGCUUCCGCUACGCGAC